UGCACCCGAUGCACUGUAAGCAAAACGUCCCCGCCGCACACACAUACGCGACUCCAGUCGCGUGCAUCCCUUCGGACAAUUUCUCAAAGUGCAACGACGCGACGGACGAGACAACGGCAAAUCAAGCGCAAACUUAAGUAUAAGGCUCUCGCGGGUCCGGGUGGUGGCUUCAAAACUUGAUUCACUCUCGAUCUCUUCUCCAGCUUCCUUGCAGCCACAUCACGCGGCGGUGGCGCUGACUGGGCAUUUAGUACCAACCACCAGUGGACUUGCGACCUGAACCAACAACAUUUCUCAUAACGUUGCGUUGUGGGCGACUUGGAGAGCCAGCAGCGGCGUAAGAUUUUCAGUUCGAAUUGUAACGUCUUGUCGAACGGUCGUCGUCGUCGUGGUGUGUUUGGUAGUAAUUACUGCGGAAUUCGUGUACUUCCUUUUCUCGAAGGUGUCGCGUUCUCUCCGGGGUCAUUAUUGUUUGUGAGAAUUCUUCGUUCGCGCACCGUCGCCGCCGUCGUCGUUGUCAGUGAAGCACUUAUCGGGAUUUAAGGAAUGCUGGUUGGACCCGGCUUUCUCAGCGGAUGACGUGAAUUUUGUUCUUGAACGGUAUGGACGAGAACAUGCGGAGGAGUAACUGUUGAUGUCAUGAGAGGCCAUAUAUUGCGGUCGGUGACGUUUGUUUAUUUAGUGCAAAUAUGAUGCAUAUGUGAUGUGAUUUGAGCUGUUGGCACUACCACCGCCAAGUGACCUGAGAUACUUUUAGUGGUCAAGUUCUAGAGUAAAAGCCGUCGUCGUAAGAAGAACCAGUUAAAAGAAAAACACUCAUCGGAUACACAUACAAAAUGGCAACACAAACCAUACCGACGACUCCUCAACCGAGCAGGAGUGCAGCGACGAAUCCCCAGCUCAAAAGCUUGGUCUAUUCCAAGUAUCGCGAGCUGUUGGGGUCCUACAAUGGGAAAGCGAACGAGAUAUUGCAAUCCUAUCCGGCGUACAUGGUGAAAGAAGACAAAGGAUUCGACUUCAUAGACAACUAUGGCGGCCCACCACAAUCCACAAUCGGCAGCUCGGCACGGCGGAUACAGGCACAGCUGCCGGCUGAGCCACCGGCCUGCGUUCAAAAUGCCAUGAUGCGACGCGAUAAGCAACCCUUCACAUACACCCCUGGAGGUAUUGACCUCUCGCAGAUCAAGUCGCCCCGCAUGGCCAAACGGAUAUCACGGAACGCCCAGUCGGAAGGUGUGAGUAAUCAGCCAAAAGUCUCCCCAUUAGCACAGAAUAAUAACACUAGCAAUAGUAGUAGUAGUCAACAAGCAGUGUCUCCUGCGGCGACUCUAGGAGCUGCCGCCAUGGGUAUGCCUUUUCAGGUAUUUCCCACAGGGCCGCCAGCUCCUCCCCCUCCACCUCCACCGAGUGUGGCCAAAAAGCCAGCGCAAGGACACACCAAUGGCAACAGUGCACCUGCGCCGCCUCCUCCACCACCUCCAGUUCUUCCGGUUGAGAAAAAGACUCCAGUACCACAAUCAUUCGAACCGCCUCCAAUGGGGUGUAGGCCAGAAAUCAAAAUCCCACCAAAUCCCAUGUCUAAUCUUCGAAAAGCGCCACGACCUCAACCGAAGAACGAUUUCUGGAUAGAGGAGUACCGAAAUGAAAGGCGGAAUGAUAUGCCAAACCCUGUCCAACAGAUGCCUGUGUACAGUACGCGAGAGGCCGACGAAGAAGUCGCUAAGAAUACGCAUAUUCGCACAGAUCAACUUAACGUUCAGAACGAUUCACCCAAUCGCUCAUCAAGCCCAUCCAAUCUAACUAAAGCGCUCGAAAACGGUUCACAGGUGUCGUCAAUUAAGACACCUCCAGUCUAUAGUCAGAGUCCAGUUCCACCCAACCUCCCACCACCAAUCACCCCAACUAAAUUAUCACAACCUCCAUCCACCCUGUCCAUCAACUCCACAGCGAAACAACAGCAACCAAACAAGGAACAGUCGCCUAAACCCCGACAAACAUCGCCACCGUCAUCUUCUCCACAAUCUCCAUCCACCAACGGAAGUCCCGUUAGCACGCAAAACACUGCACCUUCCACAACCACCAACUCCACAACGGUUAAACCUCCCACACCACAAAAGCCAGCCCCUCAAGCAUUAGGUUCUUUAUACAUACCACCACCUCACGAAGCGUUUGCCAAUAGCAAGCAGAGUCUACUCACCCAAACAAGCCCACCAUGGAUGUCAUCACGUCAGAAUAGUGCUAAAGAACAGCCCGAAUGGGUUCAUAAAGAGGACCCGGAUUACUUGGGAUCCAAAUCAUCAUCGGUUUCCAAGUCUAACAGUAACGAAACCGCUGCUAAAACUUCGGAACCUAUCGCUACAGCUCCACCAAGUCCGCCGAAACUUGCUCCUAUACCAAAACCGCAGCAAUCCCCUCAACCCAGUACUACACCAGUUAGCAGACCACAGACAAUCGAAUUGCCACCUCCCACACAGCCAGCAAUCUCACAAACACAUUACAUACAGCUGCAAAACCCUGUGGCCAAGGUGACACCUCAACCAAUUGUACAUCAGGCUCCACCACCAAACACCAUGCCAACAGCGCGGAGCUAUCAACAGACACCGGUGUAUGUGCAGAACCAGAUGUACUCUCCGCAGCCGGCGGCAUCCCAAAAGCAGGAACGUAUUAUACCGAUACAAAUCGAGCAAUCACCCAUCAAAACGCCGGCUACAGCACCAAGUUUUGCACCCCCACCGUACUACAGUCCAGGACCACAGUACAAUGCCGUUCAAUCGCCACUAACAGUUGGUUAUCCAGGUCCACACAGUGGCUUCACAACUCCGACCGCAAUGUUUACCAACCCAAACCACUUCGUCAACCAGGGCUACAACAACAUCAACUACCCACCAGCGUCUCCUCAGCACCCCAUGUAUCAACAGCAUCACCAGCAAUAUCAACAGCAACCGCCUUCGGUGCAACAACAGCAACAGCAUCAGCAAAUGAUGCACCAACAACGAAUGCAGCAGCAGACCCCUACACAGCAACCCGGAGGAGUUCGGAUCAUACCAAUCAAGGUCGAAAACAACGACAACGGUGCUACGGCAACUACUGUGCGUGGGCCCUUAUCUCAAACGCCAGCAAUCAUUCAAAGCGGUGACCAUAGAUAUAUCAUUCACGACAUCCCGCUAGAAGCCAAGCUUCGUUUCCUUAAAAAUAGACUCAGUGAUCCGCGAAGCCAUGCCAAUCCACAGACCUGGAAUGGCAACAGUGCGCCCAAUCAGUCCCGAUCGUUCAGGGUACUGCAGCAGCUUACCGACACCAUGGAGGAUGCGGAAUCCAGGUCGGCGGAACAGCAACAGCCCAGCAGCAACGUCGAAGGAGCGGAGGGUCAACUUCGUCGGAUGCAGCUGAGCAAAGACGACAAGGCGCUGAUGAAUCGAGUGAAAAACCAAGUUGAUGGAGAGGUGUAUCUCCACAACGAGGAAGAUCCCCGCUAUCGCGGUGCAGCAAUACCCUCGAAGGCGUUCAGGUAUCUGCAGAAUAUGACCGAUGGCGGUCAGGCUCCGAAUUCAAACAGUGCCGGCUCCAACCGUACCAAUCAAAUGUUUGUGCAAAAUCGUGGCAACGUCAGUGAGUCAGAGGAUGAAACAGCACAGCAAUAUGUUCCACCAAGUGAGCAAAGAGUGGAGGAACCGAAAAAAUACACUGGAAGUGCUAUACCAAGCCGAUCGUUCAAGAUGCUUCAAGCAAUGACCCAAUCAGAUGCCCCCGCCGAUACGAAUUCCUCUGACAUAGAAGGUAAUCAAAAUUUACCAUGCAACGGCGAAAUCCGAUAUUCACCCUAUCCUUAUCCGCAUCAACCACACUACUGUUGUAAUCCAAAUUGGCACUACUAUGACCCCAACAAUCCCCAAUACUAUCCUCAUCCGCCUCCACCAUCACCGCAUCAUGUCCCUGGAUAUUACUAUCCUCCUCCUCCUCUGCCACCGCCACACGCCCAGUAUGACCGGAACUCGUACUACGCGGGCUAUAUGUCACCACAUCACUUCUACUACCCACAAGAACCAUGCUCACCCUGUACGCCACCACCGUACUAUCAGAUUGGCCAACCGCAGAUUGCUUACUGUGAAAAUGUCGUUCCUGAAUCACCCACGCACUCCUACGUCAUUACAACACCACCCCCACGACUCAUAGUCACCCCAAUACAUGAUUCAGCAGACUCAGACGUUGAAUCCAUUCUGAGCGACCUCAACAGCCCAAUACAUCCAUUGACCCGUUCCCAAAGCAGCCUGCAGCAUCUAUCGGAACGCCUUGCCAACUUUAGCGCAUCACCGGAGAAAAUUUUCCCCAACGAAUCGGAAUCUUUGGUACGCUGCUCACCUAGCAGUCCGCUUAACGAAAGGUACCGUACCUUUGAAGAAAGUACCUCUUCGGCACCUUCCUCUCAGUCUGAAUGUUCAGACUCGGAAGAGGAAGAUCGCCAAAAGCUGGCACAGACUCCUGUAGCUGUCAUACCAAAGGAACCAGUACAAAAUGGCACCAAUGGUGACGAAGAGCACGGUAAACAAGAAGAAGAUGACACUACUGACGAGAGUGAAGAUGAAACUACGGUAGGUUACGAUACCAGCCCACAGGAGCAUCUACCGCAUCAGUUGAGUGUCAUUUUCGAAGAGGAAAGCGUCUAUUCGAAUUCGGCCAACACAAGUCGCAGGGCGAGUGUUUGCAGUAAUAGUUCAACACUAAGCGACUGUUCAUCCACAUUGGCCAAUGACUUGGAUGACGAUGAUAGGAAUAUACACGAAUUCAAUGGAGGGCAAAUUGAGCACGGCAAUCACACGGACGAUGACAUCGAUCGCUUGGAUGAUGAAGAAUGUGGCUCAACUGAUGAAACAGAGAUAAUGUCGAAGGAAACCUCGACAACCGCAGAUGAACCAAAGAUCUGUAGCAUGGAGCCGGAACAUGAUACUGAAACGGAAUCAGAAGAAGAAUCAACGACAGAAGAUGAGGAGGAGGAUGGUGAAGAUGAGAGCGAUUCUACGGACAAGGAAGAGGAAGAAACUACACCAGCAGAAGAUACGGCUGUUUUGACUGUAUCGUCAACGAACGAUGAAGAGGACACACAUGAGAGCGAAGAAGAAACCAGUGAAGCCGAAGAAACUGAAACAGAGUCGGAUGAAGAAGAAUCAGAAGAUGAGGCAAUGAAUUCGGAUGUCACUGUUACCAUUACCAUACCUUCCAUGAGCAGCAAAUCUUUGAAUGAGUGUGCCAAAGAAAGCAGCCCAAUACACGACAAAGAUGAUGAACCCAAACCGACAUUUACUGUAGAUUAUGAGGAAGACUCAAAUGUUUCGGUUUCUGUUUCGCUACCAUUCAAAACAAAACCAUCGGUAAGUGAGGAACCUAGCGAAGAAGUCGAAAAUUGUAAUGAUCUUGGCAAGCAAGAUGACCCAGAAGCUGAAAAGGAGGAUGAGGACGAGGAAAUUGAUUUUUGGAGCCAGAUAGGCGAGGAAGAUGAAAUGAGUCGACCAAGCCGGUCCUACUCAAGAGAUUUUUGGAGUAGUCGAGAAGCUAGUGUUGAUCGAGACGGCGAAUGGAACCAGGAAAACGAUGAUGAAACUAAUGACGAUGGAGAUACUGAUUUUUGGAGUAGUGAAAAUGGUCCUACUGAAGCAAUAGAUUUGUGGAAGAAAGACCCAAUCGUAGAAACCUUUUUGGAUCGACAGAAGAACGAAAACACAAAAGAUUCGAUUGAUUUUUGGCAAAGCGAAAACGAAAGAAUGUUCAACAAUUUUUAUAGCGAGCAAAGCCAGGAACAAGAGGAAGCUGGAAAAGACUGUGCACUUAUGGAUGAGAAUAACAAUUCUAGUACCUGGGAAAAAUUAGGAAAUUUGUCGGACACCGAAUGCAAUGCCACUGAUGAUAAAAAUAAUGAUAAAGUCGUGGAAGAAAUAGAAGCUCCACCGAAGGAUUCGGACUCGGAGGAAGAAGAGACUGAAACAGAAAGCUCUGAAGAGGAGAGCGAAGACGACAGCGAAGAGUAUGAAACAACGAACACGUCAAAGGAAGAAUCGGACGCUGAAGAGAACGGAAUUCAAAAUGAAACCAAGAGUAGCCCAGCUGUCGCGGAAUCCAAGCUUCCCGAAAUUGUGUUGAAGAAAGCACCUGUAGCGGAGAAAACCGACCACAAAUGUAAUGAAAUUUUGAGCGCAAUCAAUACAAUAACCAAAGAAGAUGAUAAAAAACUGUCCGUUCGAGACAGGAUAUCAAUAUUUGAAAACCAAACUUCUGCACCACAGCUAGAAGUACCUUUACGGCAGAAACCAUCCGAUUCAAGUAAUCGAUCGAGACCAUCUUCGAUGCUAAAAAUGUCUGCUGAGGAAUCCGAGAUGGAAGACGACUCCGGUAUGACAUCAGACGUGAGCAAACCUAUUUCAGAAGUGGAAACAGACUCCGAAUGUUUCCCAGAGAUGCGCAAAAUGACCCGUUACCAACGAGCAGCAACACAUUCCAGAUUGUUCAAGCUUUUGCAGGACGAAAGUAAUAACGGUGAUAGUGACGACGAGGAGGCUGAGAGGUUAGCAUCGAUUGAAUAUACGGAGGUGCCAGCAGCAAGUGAGGAGCGCAUAGAGGACCACCCACGCCAUUCAAGUUUGAGCAAAUAUAAUGGAUCAUCGUUUGAUGAUAGUUCCAGCACAUCAAACACUGCCAGCGAUCGCAGAGAUCGUCUAUCACUGCCUAUCAGACAUCAAUCAUCAUCGGGUAUUGAAAGUAUGUCUUCUUCGACCUCAUCUGCAUCUCCUGUAUCAGGAAUCACCAAUGAGAAACUUGCGGAAGAAUUAGUACAAAGUUUAUUGAUGAAGAAGAAAGGCAGACUAUUUCGCAAUUUGCCACUGGAAAAGCUUCACGCAGCUGCUAUGAAAAUCUUGCAGGAAGAUUUGGAAUCCAAUGGCACCUUGAGUUCCAUUGAAGACAAUAUUUUAACCGUAGAUUCUACACCAGCCUUAACGCCACAAGAGUUCAAAUCGGAAUACCAGAACUCGUAUGCCGAUUACUACGACACGUGGAAUGAAUCCAAUGGUAAGAAUUCACCUUCGGAAUACGGUGGGCUUGAACCAGUAUCAUCAAAAGCUUUCCGUAGUCUGCAAGAUUCAACGACGCGAAAGUCUAACAGCUGGUCUCCGCGUUGCCCUCGAGUAUUGAGCAACAAAAGUAUAUCCCGGCUGGCCGAUGUACGAGAAACCGAUGCUUCCGAGCCCAGUACUUAUCCCCGCUCACGUCCACUAUCACGUGCAUCCAAUCAGUCUCCCUAUCCUACAUUUUCCGGACCGAUAGAGGAAUCCCCAUCCGGAUCGAGGAGUAUAUAUAAACAAUCCAAACUCAGCCAUUUUUGAGGCUUAUAGUAGAUGCCCUAGCUAAGAGUCGUUGGCAGAUCGACAUUUUGAAAUCAAGGCAUCGUUCGGUGACUUGGAACACACCACCGCGACGAAUGUUCUUGUGUUGUUAGAGAAAUUGCGUUGAAGCAUAUUGUAUUGAGCGUUUAGCGAACUGUAUAUUUAUGAGAAAAGUUCAUGAGAAACGGUAGCAGGAAGCAUUCAUAACAAAAGCAUAUCAUCAAGAUUUCAGAAAAGCAGAAAAAAAGAAUACCGCUGAACGGAAAGAUUAGCUACCUUUGCCUUGUUCUUUGUGCCGCUGCUGUACAAAAUAGUAUUGAAACAAACAAUAUAUCAGACCCCUUAACAACUACAGACACUUCCGUCAUACACACAUGGUCCCGGCGAAACUGACUUCUGAUCCCAGCGAGCAAAAAAUGAGACAUUGGCCUAUGCAAGCAGGCAGCGUGGUCAACAAAAUCCUCACCAUAAGCGCACACCAUCAUAGGAAUUGUUGUAGCAUUUUACUAGCUUUAUGGAAAGAAAAUUAGCAUUAAACUUUUUUCGGUAAGCUUAUUGUUAACAGAACACCAAACGAAACAGAAAAACACAAAAAAAAAACAUCUUACUAUUCGAGUUUUGAUUUUUUGACCUCAAUUUUUUUCUACAUUAUACUAUAUAUUUUGAAUCAAUCUUUGAAUAACAUAAAUUUUGUGUGAGUGUGAGAUCUCAAAUUUUAAACAUACUUUGAAAAGUUGUGAUUUUGAUUCUGGCCUUUUUUCUGAAAUCUUGAUAAUAUUUUGCUUGACUUUUGUGGAAUGCAUCGUUAUGGUUUUAAAAAAGGUGCAACUGAAAGUAUCAAUUGAUAAAGCGAAAUGUGUCAUUGUAUUGUAAUAUAAGAAAAUAGAAUAUUGUGCUUAUUUUUGUUUGUUUUAUAUCCAUAAUACACUAUUUAUUUCCGUUGAAUAAAAACAAAACUUCCGAAUUACCAAAUUAUUGGAAAUCAAACGAUCAAAGUGAUCAGCUUUGCCAGACAGGUUAACUUUACAGUAAUAUAACAAAAAUAUGCGAUCAAUUAACAUACGAAACAAUAGCCUGAACUGAUCUGUAACAUAAAUGAGCUGGAAAUAAACUGUUAUCGAACACAAA